AUGGAAUCAAAUAUAAAGGAAAUAAGGUCUAGAUUUCAUAUAUACGACACAUGUAAUUGGAUAAACACUCAUAAAUUUACAAAGGUAUGUUUACAAUUUCCUGAUGAGUUACUAAGUAUAAGUUCAUGCAUAUAUGAGGAACUAAAAAAGGAGACAGAUUCUGAUCUGUAUAUACUUGGCGACACAUCGUAUGCAAGCUGUUGCAUAGAUGUGGUUGCCUCAAUGCAUGUUCAAAGUGAUGCUAUAGUUCACUAUGGACACACAUGUUUCUCCAAAGUCAAUAUCCCCGUGUUUUUAGUGUUUAAUGAAAAAUAUUUAAAUCUUCAAAAUGUUUUUCAACUUCUACAAAACAAUAAAACUAUAGAUAAUUUGGAUAAAUUAUGUUUAUUCUACAAUUGUGAAUAUGACCAUGCUAAAGCUAUUCUAGCUGAACAUUGGUUCCAGCACUUUCCGAAGAGCUAUAUGGCAUUUAUUGACCUUACAAGUUAUUCAACAAACAAUUUUUUUGGAAGAGUUAUAAAAAACAAGGACAAUGAAGAAUUUUCCAGUGAUAUUUUGAAAGAUUGUGUUUGUAUUUUUAUUGGAACAAGUGGUCAUACUUUCUUUAAUUUCACUGUAGCAGUAGCAGCUAAGAAAUGGUACUUAUUAGAUCCUGAGACUAUGCAAAUAAAUGAUAUUGAACAAAGUUCAUGGUUUAAAAGGAGGCGAUUCUUGAUAGAAAAGUGUAAAGAUGCAAAUGUCGUUGGAAUUCUUAUCUGUAAGAUAGCUGGUGAUCAAACAAAAGAUAUUAUCAACAGAAUGAAACAACUGUGCAAAGCAAAUGGUAAAAAGAGCUAUAUUGUAUCAGUUGGAAAACCAAAUGUGGCAAAGUUAGCAAAUUUUCCAGAGAUUGACAUUUAUGUCAUGAUAGCCUGUCCAGAAAACAAUCUUUAUGACAGUAGGGAUUUUUACCAACCAAUUGUAUAUCCCUAUGAAUUAGAAGUUGCUUUUAAUAGCAAUCAAGAAGAUUACUUGACAACACAUGUUACCAACUACGAUGAAUUACUGUCUGGAGGAAAACAUAAUAAGGACAUAGCUGAAGUAACUGAAAGCACAGAUGUAAGUUUAGUGACUGGUAAAUUGAGAGAGACCAAGAUUGUAUCUACAAGUGCCUGUACUGAUUUGGUGGAAAAACAGAACUGGGAAAUAGAUAAUAUAGGAUUUAAUUUGAAGAGUAAAUCUUGGAGGGGAUUAGAGCAGAAAUUGGGUGAAACUGAAGUAAAACAAGUUGAAAAAGGUAGAGAUGGAUUACCUUUGCAAUAUAGUAAUGAGCCUGAGUGA